CAAGUAAGCACAAUACACCCGGCUGUUAAAACAAACAAACAAACUAUCCUCUGAUCAUUGUUAAAAGAGGUGACAUGGAGCAAGGAGUGUUGAAACAUCGACGCACAACUCUUGAGAGAGCUGAGAAAUUCAUCUCAACCAUAUACUUCACAGAUGUCAAUCUCCAGGGAAAGCUGUACCCGAAAAAGGCAGAUGUAAAAUCUUUAACCCACUGGGCAGCACCCAAUUUGAAAGAUGAACACUUGCGAUUUGAGAAGGUAGUAAAGCAGAAAUUCACCCCUGUAAAAGUUGGACAGCAGUUUGGGCCAACAUGGGCAACACACUGGUUCCGGGUGGAUGUGGAGGUGCCAGUGGAGUGGGUGGGAUCUGAGGUUCAUUUGAGAUGGAACUCUGGCUCUGAAGCCCUUGUUUACGUGGAAGGCAAGCCAAGACAGGGUCUGUGCUCGGAAUAUGACAGACUUGAUUAUCCUUUGUCUGAAUCACUUCAAGCAGAUAAUAGAAGCUUCACCGUUUAUAUAGAGAUGGCGUGUAAUGGGAUGUUUGGUGCAGGGGAUAACGGUAUGAUUGCGCCGCCAGACCUGAACCGCCAGUUCACCCUUUCCUGUUGUGAGGUUGCAGUGUUUGACCGGCGAGUGUACAAUCUCAUACGAGAAGUUGAAUUGCUGCAUGAUAUGGCCAAGCAUUUGCCAGAAGGCAGUGAGAGAGGUUACCAGGCCCUGUACACCGUCAACGCAAUGAUCAAUGCCUGCGAUGUGAACGACCCAACCACAUUCCAAAAAUGUCAUGAGAUCUCAAGCAAGUUUCUACAGCAGAAGAAUGGUGACAGUCAACACACAACCUACGCCAUGGGACAUGCCCACAUUGACACGGCAUGGCUGUGGCCUUACAGCGAGACACGGCGUAAGUGUGCCCGGUCCUGGAGCUGUACUAUCCGUCUGAUGGAGAAGUACCCAGAGUUUACCUUCACUUGCUCACAGGCUCAGCAGUUAGAUUGGUUAAGGCGGGACUAUUACGAUCUGUGGUGCGAAAUAAAGAAAUAUGCGAAGGAGGGGAGGUUUAUCCCUGUUGGUGGAACUUGGGUUGAGAUGGAUGGGCUGAUCCCAGGUGGUGAGGCAUGUAUACGCCAGUUUCUGUUGGGCCAGAACUUCUUCGCGCAGGAGUUUGGGGCCCCAUGUAAGGAGUUUUGGCUACCUGAUACAUUUGGGUACUCCGGGCAGCUUCCUCAGAUCAUGAGGCAUUGUGGGAUAUCCCGAUUCUUGACACAGAAACUGAGCUGGAACCUUGUCAACAAGUUUCCACACCACACGUUUUGGUGGGAGGGGAUAAGUGGACACAGGGUCCUGGCCCAUUUCCCACCCGGCAACGACUAUGGGAUGAAGGGAAAAGUUGAAGAGGUAGGACUCAUAAUGUUGUUGAGAUCAUCACAGAACUUCAAGGACAAGGGAAGGUCGGACAAAAGUGCCUUUUUGUUCGGGUUUGGGGAUGGCGGCAAUGGACCUUCGGAGGAUAUGGUGGAGAGAUUGAACAAAAUGAAGGACAUUGAUGGCCUGCCUAGGGUAAAGAUGAGCACGCCGGAUGAGUUUUUCUCUGCAGUGGAAGAAGAAGACGGGGGUAAUCUGUGUCGGUGGACCGGGGAGCUGUACUUGGAGAUGCAUAACGGGACAUACACCACACAUGCCAGGGUAAAGAAAAUGAACCGUUUGUGUGAGAUGUUACUGCAUGAUGUGGAGUUUGUGCACACAGUGGCGUUUAUUGAGCUCAUUGCCCAUGUGUACCCCUAUGGCCAGCUACCCAAACUGUGGAAGCUGCUGCUCCUUAACCAGUUUCACGAUGUUCUCCCAGGCUCAUCUAUUGGCAUGGUUUACAAAGAUGCUCAUGAACACUAUGAAGAAAUAAUGACACAAGGGAAUGAAAUCCUUGCUAAGGGUUUUCGAGACGUUGUUAGGAAAGGCAAUUUUUUGUUCCCGAAGCCUGGCCAGACAAAGUGUAUCAUCAGAAACAACCUGUCAUUUGAUAGGACAGAGGUCAUUGUCAUAGAAACAGAACCCUCAGGGUCAGGUCCAGCUAAAAAGCCAGCUAAAAAGAGACAGAAAAGAAGCCCACAGAAACAAGCUAAGGCUCAGCAGUACAACAGCGAAGGACAUGCCCUCUAUUGUGUGAAUAUUGGUAGCUAUGGUUACAGUUUCCUUGACCCAGUAACCUCUAUCCAACCAGCUGAAGUUCAAGAACAGGAUGGCAUGUAUGUGAUGAAGAACAGUUUGCUGGAGGCCCACAUUGAUCAGCAGGGAAGGGUGGUGCACAUGUACCUGGCUGGAUCCGAUAGGGAUGCUGUUGACAAGGAGUACCCAGCCAACCAGUUUGUGAUGUAUGACGACAUUCCGCUGUACUGGGAUGCAUGGGACGUGAUGGACUACCACAUGGAAACCAGGAAAGCGGUGACGGAUGUGAUAUCUGAGACUGAGGUGCUGGACCAGGGACCUCUCCGGGUCUCCUUGAAGUUUAGCCUGAGGAUCAGUGAUAAGAGUCGGAUUAAUCAGCAGAUAAUCCUGGAUGCUGGCUCACCAUUUCUCAGGUUCAACACUGAGGUGGAAUGGUAUGAGAACAGGCGGAUGUUGAAAGUAGAGUUUCCAACCAGUGUUCACGCCCGUGAGGCCACAUAUGACAUCCAAUUUGGCCACAUCCGGCGACCCAACCACCGCAACACUUCCUGGGAUACUGCAAGAUUUGAGGUGUGUGGCCACAAGUGGUCGGACCUCUCGGAGCAUGGAUUUGGUGUAGCGGUUCUCAAUGACUGCAAGUACGGGCACUCUGCACUCGACAACGUCCUUCGUAUGUCCCUACUGCGCUCCCCGAAGGCCCCUGAUCGUAUGGCGGAUAUGGAGACGCACACCUUUUCAUACGCUCUCAUGCCUCAUGCAGGUAUUAGGAUGGACCCACACACCUUAACAUACGCUCUCAUGCAUCAUUUUGGUACUCUUCAGGAGGCCGAUGUGAACAAACAUGCGUACUGUCUCAACAGCCCGCUGUAUACGGUUAAAAUUGAGUGUGACCUUGACCUUCCACCUUCCACCUCAUUCUUCAGCAUGUCAACCACCCAAGUUGUCCUGGAGACUAUUAAAUUGAGCCAGGCUGACCGCGGUGUAAUAGUGCGCUUUUACGAGGCCCAUGGCGGAACCUGUCGGGCUACCAUGACAACAAGCCUGAGGAGACAGAUAACGAACGCUGUGCUGGUGGAUGGGUUGGAGCUUAAGCUGAAAGGCGAAGAAGACCAAGUGGACCUGACCCACACAGAAAACAGCAUCACUUUCACAAUUAAACCCUUCCAGAUCAUUGCUGUUAAACUCAUCGGCUUCUGAAACUCCUAGAGGAAACAUAAUGAAUGUAUUCAUCCAAGUCCUACAAUACACAACCUUCAGCUAUAUCACUGUUGAUAACAUUUAAGUGUAUAUGGUAAAGUGCGCUUUAAAGAAAGACUGUUAUUUUGUUAAGAUUUCGAGUGACAUUUUAAAUCAUGAACUUGUUUCCAUGUACUGUUAGUUGAAGUUUCCUUGUAUGAUUUGAACUUUUUCUGCUUUUGUAUGAAAAACAUCAACACGAUGUUGUUUUAUGUGUUCCACACACUAUUUUCUUAUAUAAGUAUAUAUAUUUUUGUUCUUCAAGAAAUUGUUAUUCUUUACUUUUGAAUAUAUUUUGCUUCUUCAUUUUCAUUAAUGUCGAAAUACUGCAUACAUGAUCACAAACAUUAGUAAACUAAAUUCAAAGAAUUGAAAUAUAUAUAUAUAUAUAUUCUUUCUAUAAGUCGAAACUUCGUUGGCUUGAACUCCCAGGGACCGGUGAAAAUACCUCGAGCCUCAAAAAAUCGAGCCAGACAGGGAUGCUUACAUUCAGUAUAUAGAAAUCGGUCAUUAGCAUCCAGUUCGAACAAACCAUGAUAUAGCAUUAUUUUGAUGUUUAUUUUGUUGUAUGUUUCUUUCUUGACAAGAAAUAUAUCUACAUUUAAACAGAAAACUCUUCUAGUAUUACAUUGCUUAUGAUUUUAUGCAUGUAAUUAUGCAUAUUUAAUAUCCAUGUGUUAUUAUGUACAUUUAUAUAUCCCUGUAGUGUAACAAGAUUAUUUUUUUUCCACGAAGACGGAAUUGAAUUUCAGGAGUUUACAUGUAAAAUUAUGCAUACAUGAUCACAAACAUUAGUAAACUAAAUUCAAAGAAUUGUAAUAGAUAUAUAUCUAUACAGUCGAAACCUCGUUGGCUUGAACCCCCAGGGACCGGUGAAAAUACCUCGAGCCUCAAAAAAUCGAGCCAGGCAGGGAUGCUUACAUUCAGUAUAUAGAAAUCGGUCAUUAGCAUCCAGUUCGAACAAACGAUGAAUUUGAGCCAAGCGAGUUCGAGCCAACGGGGUUUAAUAUAAAUAUAUAUAUAUAUAUAUAAAGCUGUUGUGCAAGGAAAUAAUACAAGUAAGUUUUGAUGUUUUUUGCCUUACUGGAGGCUAGAGUUUACAACAUUACUCUAUCACAUACGUUGCUAUUUUUAGCCCUCAUAUUCCAAAACUUCUUUGUAAAUUAAUAUUAUUCUGUAAGGUUUAGGGUUUAAAAAGCCUUGGUUUGGGAAAAGGUUGGUUAAAGUUUAGAGCUUAUUUUUAUUUUUUGAUACUUCUUACAUAUUUGUUUGUAAUCUUUCAAUGAAUUUCUGUGCCUUGAAAGUACAAAUUUCCUUGAGGUAUUUCAAGUGCACUUGAGUACACAAAUGAUUAUUUAGAUCAGUUUCUGCUUAAUCAACUCGAGACAGAAUUUUGGUCUUUUGGGUAAACUUUCAUUUAAGAUAUUAUUCAGAACAAAUUCUGUAAAAUCAACUAUAUUUUUUAGGUCUGAUUUCUCCUUUAUUUGGAAGAUUUAUCAGAACAGAUUUUUUUACAUCAACAAUCAAGCUGAUUGCUACAGGAAAUGAUACAGCAUUAUUUUGAUGUUUAUUUUGUUGUAUUUUUCUUUCUUGACAAGAAAUAUAUAUACAUUAACAGAAAACUCUUCUAGUAUUACAUUGCUUAUGAUUAUAUGCAUGUAGUUAUGCAUAUUUAAUUUCCAUGUGUUAUUAUGUACAUUUAUAUAUCCCUCUAGUGUAACAAGAUUAUUUUUUUUCCACGAAGUGUCUUAUACACUCAGACGGAAUUGAAUUUCAGGAGUUUACAUGUAAAAUUAUCACUAAGCAGUUUUAUAUUAUAUUUAAUUCAUAUACAAAUUUAUAAUAAUUAGUUGACAUUUAUGACUGAUUGAAUAAAGUGCCUACAUAAUCCCUUA